UACAUAAAAGCAGAGCAGAGACAGCUCACUCGUUAGGCAAUUUCAACAUCUUCUGAUCUCUUCAUUUAGAUUAGUCUAAAGUGAAGAAAAUAAAGUGAAAGAAAUAAGAGUUUCCACUAAUAGAAAAAUAAAAGUAACUUAAUUUGUUUAGAUCUGUUAUUUCAUCUACAUUUUCUAAUUUUAGUGUUACAUUUAGAGAAACAGAGCAAAGAAAUUUGAAGAUGAGGAGCUUGUGGUGGUCUUUAUUGGUAGUGCAAAUCUUAUUCUUAUUGGGUUUUUCCAAUGGAGAAAGUCCAUAUAGAUGGUAUAAUUGGAAUAUUACAUAUGGUGAUAUUUAUCCUCUUGGUGUUAAGCAACAGGGGAUAUUGAUAAAUGGGCAAUUUCCAGGACCUCAAAUUGAUAGUGUUACUAAUGAUAACUUGAUUAUCAAUGUUUUCAACAGUUUGGAUGAACCUUUUUUGUUGUCAUGGAAUGGAAUUCAACAGAGGAGGAACUCAUGGCAAGAUGGAGUAUAUGGGACUAACUGUCCGAUCCCACCAGGCCAAAACUUCACAUAUGUUCUACAAGUGAAGGAUCAGAUUGGAAGUUUCUUUUAUUUCCCUUCAUUGGCUAUGCACAAAGCUGCUGGAGGCUAUGGUGGCAUUAUAAUACGUAGUCGUCCGCUGAUUCCUAUUCCUUUUCCUCCACCUACUGGAGAUUACACCAUAUUGGUUGGUGACUGGUUCAAGCAAAAUCACACUGAUCUCAAGGCAAUUUUAGAUGGAGGAAAUGAUCUUCCCUUCCCUGAUGGUCUUCUAGUGAACGGUCGUGGAUCAAAUGGUUUAACUUUCACAGUUGAUCAAGGUAGGACUUACAGAUUCAGGAUUUCCAAUGUUGGACUCACAACAGCUAUAAAUUUUAGAAUCCAGGGGCAUAAGAUGGUCUUAGUUGAAGCGGAAGGGACUCACACACUGCAGAACACCUAUGAGUCACUUGAUAUCCAUUUGGGCCAGUCCUAUUCUGUAUUGGUCACAAUGGACCAACCAGGACAGGACUAUUACAUUGUCGCCUCAACGCGUUUCACUUCACCAGUGCUAACAGCAACAUCAAUUCUUCACUACAGCAACUCAGCGGGAGGUGUUUCUGGUCCUCCCCCAGGUGGACCAACAAUUGAGAUUGAUUGGUCUCUCAAUCAGGCUCGAUCUGUUAGGCAAAAUUUGACAGCAAGUGGUCCAAGGCCUAAUCCACAAGGUUCUUAUCACUAUGGGUUGGUUAACACCACGCGGACAAUUAGACUGGCAAAUUCUGCUCCGAUGAUUAAUGGUAAAAAGAGGUAUGCAGUCAACAGUGUGUCAUUCAUUCCAGCAGACACACCACUCAAACUAGCAGACUACUUCAAGAUUCCAGGGGUAUUUAACCUUGGAAGCAUCCAAGACUACCCCACUGGAGGUGGUGGUUAUCUCCAGACCUCUGUCUUGGCUGCUGAUUUCAGAGCCUACGUAGAAAUUGUGUUCGAGAAUCCAGAAGACACUGUUCAGUCAUGGCACAUUGAUGGCCAUAUCUUCUUUGUUGUAGGGAUGGAUGAUGGACAAUGGUCAGCUGCAAGCAGAUUGAACUACAACAUAAGAGAUGGAAUUUCACGUUGUACAAUUCAGGUAUAUCCAAGAUCAUGGACAGCUUUAUACAUGCCAUUAGACAAUGUGGGAAUGUGGAACAUUAGAUCAGAGAAUUGGGCUCGCCAAUACUUAGGCCAGCAAUUCUACCUUCGCGUUUAUUCACCUGUCAAUUCAUGGAGAGAUGAGUAUCCAAUUCCAAUAGGUGCUCUUCUCUGUGGCCGUGCAUCUGGACGCAAGACUCGUCCACUCUAAGGAACGAAUUCUAUCAGCUUAACCAGUCACGAAAGGGUGACUGAUCGAUCUUCGAAGAGUUAUGGCAAACAAUUUUAAAGGGGAAGUAGCAGAAAACUGCUCUUACUCUGAUCAGCACUUGUCUUUUUUUGUUUAUCAUUUCAUUUUAGGAUUACUUGUGAGAUUAUUGGUUGCAGCAUGAGAAGAAAAGUAAUCUCUAUUCAUUUUGUAAAACUCAAUUCAUGAAGAAUCCAUUCUUGAUUAUCAGCUAAUUCUUGUUUAAGGCUCUGAAAUAUGCUCAAUUUUCAA